GUAAAAUGAGUGAGGGCCUAGAAGGAAGUUUGUAGGCAACUUCGUGGUAACUUCAAUACAGAGAUAAACGAUAAGACAGAAGACUUGUCCUCUCAAACACAAAAAAGGAUUAAUCAUGAAACUUGAUCUGAUCGUAAAACUUUUAUAGGUGAAGAUGAGUAAGCACUACGACAAUUGGGAGAGGUUGGUAGAGGCCGUGCUGCGCCGACAGCACGACUGAGAGAUAGCCAUGCGUCGUUCAACGAAUUCUAGCCCAGAAAGCUCUCGAUCUUCCAGUUUUGACAGUGAAUUUUAUGAUAAGCUACACGGUAGCUUCAUCAAGUACUGCCAAAAUUUUCCUCUUUUCUCGGCAACUAUGGUUAAGAUUGUGGUGGGGGUGUCGAUGAACGACGAGAAAUCCCAUUCCGAAGCCAUGAAAUUCACCGUCGGGAUACCCGGCAUCAAAUCGGUGGCUCUGGCGGGGGCGGAGAAGGAUAAGUUGGUGGUGGUGGGAAAGUGCAUCGACGCGCUGGAGCUCUUGAAGCGGCUGAGGAAGGGCGUGGGGUACGCGGAGCUCCUGAGCUUGGAGAAUUUGAGGAAUGAGAGUUUCUCGAUGAAGGAGAAUUUGGAGAGUGGUGAUGUGAAGAUUGGGCUGAUUGAUAAGAAGGUUAGUGGGUCUAGGAAGGUGAGGGAUGAUUAUUAUGAGAAGAAGAGGAAGGGGAGCUGUGAGGAUCUAGGUGGGUAUUUCCCCAAAAUGGGGAGCCUCCCGAGCGCGGUGGAGGGCGAGCAGGUCGCGGCUGGGUGGCCGUCUUGGCUGGUCGCGGUGGCUGGGGAGGCCAUCCUCGGAUGGGUUCCGCGGAAAGCUGAUACCUUUGAAAAGCUUGAUAAGAUUGGUCAAGGGACUUACAGUAGCGUGUAUAAGGGCCGAGAUCUCCUGACUAACAAAUACGUGGCUCUGAAGAAAGUGUGUUUUGAUAAUAUGGAUCCAGAAAGCGUGAAAUUCAUGGCAAGGGAGAUUCUCAUCUUGCGAAUGCUUGAUCACCCGAACAUUAUCAAGCUGGAAGGCUUGGUCACUUCAAAAACGUCUACGAGUUUAUACCUCGUCUUUGAGUAUAUGGAGCAUGAUCUCACCGGACUUGCAUCACUACCCGGCGUCAAGUUCUCAGAGCCACAGGUGAAGUGUUACAUGAAACAGCUAUUGAGUGGGCUGGAUUAUUGUCAUAGGAAGGGUGUCCUGCAUCGUGAUAUAAACGGUUCAAAUCUCUUGAUUAACAAUCACGGGAUCUUAAAGAUCGCCGAUUUUGGCUUGGCGAGUUUUUUUGACAUUCACAACAAAAUCCCCCUCACAAGCCGCGUCGUGACUUUAUGGUAUCGGCCACCUGAACUUUUGCUCGGAGCGACUCAUUAUGGAGUUGCUGUCGAUUUAUGGAGUACCGGCUGCAUACUCGGAGAAUUGUACGCAGGCAAGCCCAUCAUGCCUGGUAGAACCGAGGUUGAGCAGCUGCAUAAGAUAUUCAAGCUUUGUGGUUCGCCUUCUGAAGAUUAUUGGAAAAAAUCGAAGUUACCUCAUUCCACGGUCUUGAAGCCGAUUCAGCCUUACAGACGACGAAUCGCUGAUACCUUUAAGGAUAUUCAUGAUGCGUUUGUAAAGCUGAUGGAGAUCUUACUCUCAGUCGAUCCUUCUGAUCGAGGGACUGCAGCUAGUGCUCUCGAGAGUGAGUUCUUCAAAACAUCUCCCAUUCCGUGUGAUCCUUCGAGUUUGCCCAAAUAUCCUCCAAGCAAAGAGAUUGUUGCAAAACAGAGAGAAGAGGAAGCGAGAAGGAAAGGAGCUGCUGAAGCUAAGGGACAUAAGGGUGACAAUGAUUCUAAAAAACCAAGAGAAUUCCGAAGUGUGGUAGGGCUUGAUUCCAAUGCUGAGUUGUCUAGAUUAAUGCCGGACGGGCACGGUAAGGAGAGAAAGAUCCAUUUCUCGGGUCCUCUGCUCGCGCCAUCGAACAACAUAGAGCAGAUGCUCAAAGAGCACGAUCGCCGGAUCCAAGAAGCUGCUCUGCGUUUGAGGCACGAGAAGACGAGGGCCGGUAGAGUUCGGCCUCACGAGACGCAAACGUCGUCUAAACAGACGCACGUCUCGAAUCAAAGCGCCGGCUAGGCCGGCCGGUCGGAAUCUAUACGUAUAUAUAUUCAUACACAUAGUAAGUGCUUUCAUCUAUGUAAAUCUUGUACAGAUUGUGAGGAUUGUGUUAUUUUUUAAUAAUCUUUUUUUGCUAUAUUUUUAGAAUGUUCCAAUCUCUAAAUCAAGAGCAGGAACUGAUUCAUGUGUUUGAAGUAGGAAGAGACCAAACAAGUUCUACUUAUUCUUGAUGGGAUUGGAUUGUUCAAUUAGAGAUCACAUUUUGUUGCAAUUAAGAAUUUAGUUCAAUUUUGAUUCUA